UGCCCUACGGACACGGGGGUAGGUCGCUCAUACCUUGCCCUCUGAUAGAGACUCAAGCGAACCUGGGUCGCGGACCUUGGGCCAUCAGCGUGCAAACUGCCCCAGGACGAUCUCUGCUUCUGUCGAUGGGGACUGACCCUCUCCACCUCUGCCUGUCAGCUCAGGCCAGGAGGGGAGGGACCUGGGCGGAGCCCCGGGUGGAGACAAGAGGAAGGUGACAUCAUCUUGAAGAUACAAUCCAGCUUUACCCACUCGUGUCCACCCUGGCACACGAGACAGAUGGGGGAGAGGGUGUUUGGGCUGUAUGUCUGAGGUGACACCAGGGACAAGGGCAUAGAACUCAGGCAUGGAGCCCAUCGCUUGAAGUGGGAUUGGACCAGGAUGGAAGCGGGCUCCUUCAGAUGCUCCCAUCUCACCCCUGGCUGCAGUGCAGGGAGCCCAGUGGAGGCGCCCUCCCGAAGCGCCACUGCCCAUGCUGACCACCCAGCCCUCCGGCUGCUGAUGUCAUGAGUAACACCACUGUGCCCAAUGCCCCCCAGGCCAACAGCGACUCCAUGGUGGGCUAUGUGUUGGGGCCCUUCUUCCUCAUCACCCUGGUCGGGGUGGUGGUGGCUGUGGUAAUGUAUGUACAGAAGAAAAAGCGGGUGGACCGGCUGCGCCAUCACCUGCUCCCCAUGUACAGCUAUGACCCAGCUGAGGAACUGCAUGAGGCUGAGCAGGAGCUGCUCUCUGACAUGGGAGACCCCAAGGUGGUACAUGGCUGGCAGAGUGGCUACCAGCACAAGCGGAUGCCGCUGCUGGAUGUCAAGACGUGACCUGACCCCCUUGCCCCACCCUUCAGAGCCUGGGGUCCUGGACUGCCUGGGGCCCUGCCGUCUGCUUCCCCUGCUGUCACCUGGCUCCCCCUGCUGGGUGCUGGGUCUCCAUUUCUCCCUCCACCCACCCUCAGCAGCAUCUGCUUCCCAUGCCCUCACCAUCACCUCACUGCCCCCAGGCCUUCUGCCCUUUGUGGGUGUUGAGCUCACUGCCCACCCACAGGCACUCAUGGGAAGAGGCUUUCCUUCUGGGAUGGGGGCGGCUGGUAGACACCUUUGCUUUCUCUAGCCCUCCUGGGCUUGGCUUGGGCAUAAAUCCCCAGGCGGGCUUUGGAGUUGUUUCCAUGGUGAUGGGGCCAGAUGUAUAGUAUUCAGUAUAUAUUUUGUAAAUAAAAUGUUUUGUGGCUA